AUGUUUAUGUCUACUCCAUACUUUUGUUUCAUUUUAGUACCAUUACGUGCAAGUACAGUUGACAUUCAUCCGAAUGCAACAUGGUCAACCAAUAGCAUUGCUGUUGUUGAAGGAAACGGACAAGGUAGUGGAACCAAUCAACUCCAUUACCCAUGUGGUUUAUACGUCGAUGAAGAUCUAACAAUCUAUGUCGCUGAUAACUAUAAUCAUCGCAUUGUUGAAUGGAAAUCUGGUGCAACGAAUGGAAAAGUGGUUGCUGGUGGAAAUGGAGAUCAUCAAUUAAAUGGCCCAACAGAUGUGAUUAUUGACAAAGAGAGCGAUAAUCUCAUCAUCUCCGAUUACGAGAAUAAAAGAGUUGUUCGUUGGCCUCGUCGAAAUGGUACUCGUGGAGAAACAAUUAUUGCAAAUAUUGCUUGCUAUGCCAGUGGUCAAGAACAAGGAAAUAAUCUUAAACAAUUAGAUCAUCCUAAAGGAGUCGUUGUCGAUCAAUUGGAUACUGUCUAUGUGACUGACGCCGGUGAUAAUCGAAUCAUCCGUUGGCCAAAAUUAGCCACACAAGAAACUGUCAUUAUUGGUGGAAAUGAUGAAGGAGCACAGUCGAAUCAAAUCUGGAAUCCCAUAGGUUUAACGUUCGAUCUACAUGGCAAUCUCUAUGUCGUCGAAUACUGGAAUAAUCGAGUACAAAAAUUUAAUACCUCAUAA